AUGACCAUCCACAGCUUCCUAAGCCCCAGCAAAUCCCGCACCCCCCUCCAGGACCACUCCGCCUCGCUCCUCUCCGACGCAGACUGGACGGGCAGCCGGAGGGCCCUGCCGCUCCGUCGGAAGAGGGGGGCAGUCCGCGCCAGCCUGGGGGCACUGCAGAAGCACCAGAGGGAGCGGGCGCGCGUGGCACUGCGGUGCCCAGGCCGGACCGCGCGGGCACAGGGCCAGGGAAGGGGCAUCGUCGCAGGGCGAAGAAGCCUGUGCAGAAAACAGCUCAACCUGACGUUCCGCCCGCAGAGUGAAGAGCAGCAGCGGAUUGGAGAUCUGAUCCAGCAGGGAGCGGAGGAGGGACUGGAGGUCAGACACAUAGACGGGAAGGGGCGAGGAGUGUUUGCGAGCAGAAGCUUCCGGAAAGGACAGUUCGUGGUGGAGUAUCACGGAGACCUGCUGGAGACGAAGGACGCCAAGAAGAGGGAGGAAGAGUACGGGAGAAACCCGGCCACCGGCUGCUACAUGUACUACUUCCAGUACCUCAGCAAAACCUACUGCGUGGACGCCACAAAAGAGACGCAGCGUUUGGGCAGGCUGGUGAACCACAGUAAAGCCGGAAACUGCCAGACCAAGCUGCACGGCAUCAACGGAAAGCCUCACCUCAUCCUGGUGGCCUCCAGGGACAUCGAGAAGGGGGAGGAGCUUCUGUACGACUACGGCGACCGCAGCAAAGAGUCCAUCGCCGCCCAUCCCUGGCUCAAAUACUGA